CACCCCCUCCCCUCGAUGGUUUCGUCCCCGCAGGUCCCGCCUCUCAGCCAAUGGGUGCUGGCGAGGCCUCGUGAUGGACGUGCGGAACGGCCCCUGAGCGCGCGGUGCGGUGUGCGGGGCUGGCCGGGCGGCUCCAUGUGGGGGGUGCUGCGAGCCGCGCUGUGGGCUACGGGGCGAGUGGGUGGGCGCCCGCGCGUUGCCGCCUGUCGCCCCAUGGCUACUUCGGGCCCGGCGGCGGUGGCCCGGGGAUCCGCCAACACUGCCGGCAUCAUCGUCAUCGGCGACGAGAUUCUCAAGGGCUACACGCAGGAUACGAACUCCUUCUUCAUGUGCCGGCGACUGCGUGCUCUUGGCGUGAGUGUCGCCCGGAUCUCGGUGGUGCCCGAUGACGUGGAGGCCAUUGCCAGUGAGGUGGCCGCCUUUGCUGCCCGCUUCACCUUCGUGCUCACUUCCGGGGGCAUCGGCCCCACGCACGACGAUGUGACCUUCGAGGCUGUGGCUAAGGCGUUUGGGGAGAGGGUCGUCCUCCAUCCCGAGCUGGUAGCCCUGGUGCACAAGUUCUUUGGCAAGACAGAGGAGCAGUGCCCCGAGAUGAAGCUGGCUCGUGUCCCCGAGUCCUCCCGCCUAAACUAUGGCACAGACGGGCACACUGGCAACACCUUCAAGUACCCACUAGUCAGUGUGCGCAAUGUCUACAUCUUCCCUGGCAUCCCGGCCCUGAUGGAGCGUGCCCUGGAUGGCCUUGCUCACCUCUUUCACAGCAAACAGACCCACUUCCACUCCCGCACCAUCUAUGUGGCAUCCGAUGAGAUGUUCAUUGCGCCCGUGCUGGACUUGGCUGAUGCCACCUUCCGGGGCCGCGUCAGCUUGGGCUCCUACCCAGACUGGACCAGCAACUACUACCGUGUGAAGCUGACCCUGGACUCAGAGUCAGAGCAGGACCUGGAGGACGCAUAUUGCUUCUUGAUGAGUGAGCUGCCACCGGGCAUUGCUGUGCCGUUGGUGACAGACUGUGUCUCUCCAGCAGCUGUGGAGGUUUAUGGCCUGGCUGAGUCAGGCUCGGCUCUGGGGCAGAAGGUGGCAGCAGCCCUGCGAACCAUCGAGGAGGCUUUGGACCAGUACAGCCUAGUCCAGCUCUGUGUGGGUUUCAACGGGGGCAAGGACUGCACAGCGCUGCUGCACCUCGUCCAUGCUGCUGUGCAGAGGCGGUUCCCAGCAAGGCAGGAGAGGCUGCAGGUGCUCUACAUUCGCACUGUGUCUCCAUUCCCUGAAAUGGAGCAGUUCAUUCAAGCAACAGUCCAGAGGUACGGAGUCCAGCUCUGCACUGUGGAGGGCUCCAUCCAGGAGGCACUGGCCCACCUGAAGGAGCAGCAGCCACAGCUGGAGGCUGUCCUGAUGGGAACGCGGCGAACGGACCCUUACUCGUGUACCCUGACCCCCAUGUGUAUGACAGACCCUGACUGGCCCCCUUACAUGCGGGUGAACCCCUUGCUGGACUGGACCUACCGGGACAUCUGGGAGUUCCUGCGCAAGCUCUUUGUCCCCUACUGUAUCCUCUAUGACAAGGGCUACACGUCCCUGGGCAGCAUGGCCAACACACAGAAGAACCCAGCACUACGCUAUACUGACGCUCAGGGCCGGGAGAGCUACCGGCCUGCCUAUGAGCUGGAAAAUGAGGAAGAAGAGCGCACCUCCCGCCAGUGAAGGCCACGCUCUGGGAGGCUCCAGUGGAAUGCUGGUGGGAGUGACAUUGAAUAAAGUUGCUGCCUGUCAGCACUAAAUAAAACUGCUGCAGUCUGCACUGCACUAGCAUGUGGCCUUGUUGAGCCCUGAGGGCUCCAUGGGGCAGGAGUGGGAGGAACAAAAGGGUCCCCAGGUUGUGUCCCCUCCCUAUAUUGUGGAAGUUUUGGAAAUGCGGAGAAUGGAACAGGUUCCAGUGCUUACCAGGGCCCUGCAUGUCAGCGAUGCUGCCUCUGCCACCAUGUCAGACCCUGCUGAUUCCUCAUGGGCCAUGCACCUCUCCUGGACUGCAGCAGCCUGUAUGCAGGGUGCUCCGCAGCAAGUGUCACGGGUACAGGCACUGGCACUGCCAACACCCACUGCCGCCUCCCUGGGGCUGCGCCUCGGCUCCUGGUUGCUGCGGCUUCUGCGGGAAUGCAUCUGCCUCCUUCUCUGCAGCUGGUGCAUUCAUGAGCUGCUGGACUAGGGAAGGGUCUCACAGUGUCAUUGGACCCUGUCAGCCCCUGCUUGCCCUGGUGCUGUGGGUGAGUGACCUGCCUGCAGCUUGACUUGAUCUGAUGCUUGAAACAUGAUGGGGGCUCUGGUGUUUGGGGGUGAUGGAGCCCAACCAUAGUGCUCCUGGAGUGAAAAGGGCCUGGCCAUGGUGCUUGAGGGGAGACAGAGAACCUGGCUGUGGCGAUUCUGGGGAUUUAGAGGGUGUGGCCUUGUUACUGGUCAGUGGGUCCUUACCCCUUGUAUCUCUCUCCCCUCCCCAGAACUGUGCUUGUUACCCUGUGCUGAUAGAGCUGAUGGACCUCUGGUGCUGAGUCUCUGCUCCAGCUUGCAGUCCCCCCAGUCAGAGACCCCAAUAAAGCUGAGGAGUGCCUG